UUAAUAAAAGUCGGCAUUUGCCUCGUUGAGCCGUUCUUGAAUUGUCACCAAUUUUAAGCAAAAUGAUCAGAGUUUUCACCAAAAAUGGGAUCUGGGUGCUUCUGUGCUUUGCCGCCACCUUCAACAGAGUCACCACAAAUACCGAGGGUAUUGGCAACUCUUUCAAGGGUGAUAGUGAUCGGGCGGCGCUGCAACAGAUCGCAGACGAGAUGAAGGAAUUGGUCCAAAUAUCCGACCAGCGCCGCAAACAAGAGCUCAAAGAGGCCGACGAAAGGAAAGAGUGGGCGACGAGUGAGCAGGACACGAUGAAAGCCGUGUCUGAUGGUGUUAAGCAAGUGGCUAAGGAGAUCUCGGGACUGCGCAGCACCGCCGACCGCACGCAGGAGGUAGAAAUGGCUGAAAAGUAUUCCAGCGAGAUCAAAGCGAUGCAGCAGCAAGUUUCAAUCUUAGCCAAGAAGACUGAAGAACUUGAAUUGCAAAAUCAAGAAGCAAUGAAGAAGAUGGAGUUGUUGCAACAUAAUUUCAGCGAGACAAAUCAAAGGCUGUUAGAAUUGGCUAACGCCACGGGCAAACUCUGGCAAGAAAAGGAAGCACAUGAGACCAACAAAAACUGCACAAAAGCGCGUCUAAUGGAGCUUACGACGGCGUCAAACGGGAAAAAAUACUACUUUUCUGAUACUUCUAAAGCAGGAACCUGGACUGAUGCAAACGAUUGGUGCGAAAACAGGGGUCUUUACCUAGCUACCUUGAAAAACCAAAUUGAUUUAGACGCGGUGCACCAGAAAACAAAGACUCUUAAUGUCAAUUAUUGGUGGUGGUGGGUGUCAGCAAAAAGCGAGGGGAAUGGCGAGGAUCCAGACUACCGUUGGCGUGACGGCUCAAAGGUGGAGGAAAAUAUGUGGGCAGCAGACAACUACAAUGCCCAAGGCUGCGUCGCAAUCAGGACUGCAAAGAAUAGUUCCCUGUAUUCAGUGCGCUGCAAUGACAACAGCAAUUAUUUUAUCUGCGAAUUGCCGAUUGAAUGUUACUAACAAGCAACAGAACUCAGAAAUAGUUCCAUUCGAGUUUUUUCUUUAAUUUGGUACAUAACGUUUCCAUUUACUAUUUCAUCGCGUAAAUAUGUAAAAUUUCAUUAAAACCCGAAUUAAACAAAAUCACAGUAACAAUAUUAAUUUUGCGAUUGGCCGAUCGCCCUUUCCAGGUCAUAUAACACAAGUCAAUUGAAA